AUGUGGAAAGAGAUUGUAAUCGGGCUUUAUCUUACUACACAAAUAGUGUUUACCCUUCAAGACACUUGCCUAAGAUUUGAAUAUGGACGGGAUUUUGGAGGGAGUUUGUUGAGUUCAAAAUCUGGAAUUUUUACGGAAAAAAAUCAAGGUUGUGGAUGUUCGGCGUUAAAGCGAAAUGGCCCCUUAAGAGGAGAAGCAGUUUCCCUUAAUAAGGACAACAAAGAUGAUGGAAUAGAGUUUAAACCUGCUUAUAAACGAACGAACCAAAUGGUUUUUAUCAAGGGUGGGAAAUUUACGAUGGGCACCGACAAGCCCUUCCUACCCAUGGAUGGCGAGGGGCCAGCUAGAGAAGUGAAAGUGGAUUCCUUUUACAUGGAUAUUUACGAAGUCAGCAAUGCAGAGUUUGAACUUUUUGUUAAUAAUACUGGCUAUGUAACAGAGGUAAUAAGUUAGUAAGCUGUUAGUACUGUGAAAUGAAGCAGCGAUCUGAAAAGUCAUAAAUUUUUGCAGUAGUCAUUGCUGGGCCCCCUCUCCCCUAAUGAUGGUUUUUUGCACUUGUGUCUGAGUAUCAAACACCAUAUUAAUAGAGUGUUUUAUCGUCCCUGUUUUUUUGUGUGUGUGUGUGGGGGGGGGGGGGAACUCCCUGAAAAUUGUGCCUUUGAAAGGUAAAACGGACACAAACAGAAAUUUUUUGGCCCUUUGGGCCUCAGCCUGGUCCAAAAAUAAGAGGGGGGCCCGGGCCCCUCCCCUAGUUCUGUCACUGAGUAAUACUCCUCUAUCAGUGAUAAAGUGUGAUUUUAUACCCUAUUCUAGAGUCAGAGAGGCAAAAAUCAUGUCCUGUUGAGUGCCAGGCACAUACCCAUAUAGCCCAUCUAUGGGACAGGUUACGAUCUUCAACUUAUUUUCUAGUAACAUUGUUUUACUCUUUGAGGAAAUUUUAUGAAAAUAAAAUGUUGGCCACUGAGAUAUAAAGAUUGUAACAGUCUGCUAUCCUUGACUAGUAAGUGUUACACUAUUACAUUGUAAUAGUGAAAUCCUUUCAGAUCCUUUGUUUGAAUUCAUAUUGGUUGAUCGAUCACUUUGAACGGCUUUUCAUAAUAUUAUUAUGAUUCUAACCUCUAUGUUCCAAUGUAGGCUGAAAAGUUUGGGGAUUCCUUUGUUCUAGAAGGAAAAAUCAGUGAAGAGAUCAAGAAGGACAUACACCAAGCAGUGAGUUGAAUUUCUUCUGAUAGAAGUGUUUACUUCCUAGCUAGUGGGGAUAACCAAUAAGAUGGGCUUUUCUUGUUUUCUAUUACCAGGUUGCUGCAGCACCAUGGUGGCUUCCAGUCAAAGGAGCUUACUGGAGAAAUCCAGAAGGACCUGAUUCUGUCAUUAAGGACAGGUGAAAAUUACACUUGGCACAUGAACUUAUAUACCUGCCAACUCUCACGCCUUAGGCAUGAGUCUCACGCCUGCGGGUUGAAAACUUUGAUCUCACGCCAGCUCACACUUGCGGGCCAAUUUCUCAUGCCUGAUUGAAAAAUGUGAGUUGUUGCCAUCUUGCUUGACACAAUUUCCAAAAAUAUGUUAACUCAGACCCAUGUAAGGAACGAAAACCAUGUGUAAAAUCUCUGAUUUUUGAAGUGAAAAGCAAGUGAAAACUUCGCCUUCGGAAGACUUCGGAUUUCUUCGGGAAUCUUCAGACAUGAUCAUGUCGUCUUCAAACAUCCCAGCACUCCCAGCAUAAAAAUCUCACGCUUAUAUCUCAGAAAAAGUUGGCAGGUAUAAACUUAAUACAGUAUUGGCAGUGUGCAUGUACAUGUAUGGUCGCUGUGACAGAUCUACAUGUAUUUAUAUGUACAGGGCAAUGGGAGACCUCUCCAGCCAGUAAAGAUACCAAACUUUGCACAAUCUACACCUAAUUUUUUUUCUGCAAAAAAUAAUGACAUAGGGAAGCUAUGAGACAAUAACUGUCAUGCAUGCAUGUUAGCCAUGUGGCCUGCGUUGAUGGUAGUAACAUGGCAAAUCCAGUAUGCCAUGUACAUCCCCAGCAUCACUACAUCAGCUUUCUCCAUCAGGGGUAAGCUAAGAUGACCUUUUCUGGACUUAAGACUUCAUGUGAAAAUGGUGCAACAGUUGUGGGCAUGUACUAUUAAUUCUGCAGUCUCUACCAGCGUUUCUUGAUCAUGUCAAUAGUCUAAACAGAUCUAGCAAUAAAACAACACGACAAUAAUGCAAGUGGUUUGGGCAGAACUAGAAAUCCACUUAUUUGACCAAUAGGACACCAGCAAAUACACCAGAUGUCACAAUUAUUUGGUACCUUCAAUAGGUUUUCAUAUUCCCACUUGACAUUAUUGUCAUUGCUAAAUCUGCUACUAUUUUUAACUGUGAUGCAAAACUUGCAAAAUAAUAAUAAAUUAUGUUUUUGCCAUGCACACUUAAUUAUCUUGGUCAAGCACACAAGCCAAUGUCUUCAUAAAUUAAUUUUAGAAUGGACCACCCAGUACUUCAUGUCUCAUGGAACGAUGCUGUUGCAUUUUGUAAGUGGGCUGGUAAAAGACUCCCAACUGAAGCUGAGUGGGAAUAUGCCUGCAAAGCAGGACUCAAAAACAAGUAAGAUAGAGUAGCAGACUGGUUGAAUAAUAUUAUAAAUAACUUAUAAAAGCAUCAUUAAACUUCCUCAUUGUGUUUUUACCUUAUGCUUUUUCUACCUUUAAUAUUCCUUAUCAAAACACCUUCUCAUAUACUCCACAUUCUUGCUACUGCCUAGUAACCACAGUUCUUCACAUAUGCAAAGUGUUUCAGCAAUGUUUUUAGUAUUGAUUUUAAUUUUACGAAAAAAUAAUAGAGAUUUUGAAUGACUACUUAAAUAUAAUGGAAACUAUAAUGUUUGGUAUUAAGGACUUACUUCUAAUCCCUUUUUGUGUUCCUAUUUUGGCCGGAGCUUUGCCAAGGUGCACCUCUUUAUAAAUUAAAUAUGAAUAUUUUGGAUUGACUAUAGUUUCAGUUUACUAGGAAAGAGAAAUAUUGGAAUGAAUUGAAUUGUCUGUAAUCUUAAAUGAUUCUCAUUUUAACUGCCUUGAGGUAACCUUUAAAAUAAAUUGAUGUAUUGAAUAAUUAAGCUGGUUUGAAAUAAUUUAUGGUUAACUCUAAUUGGUAAUAUGUGGACAGCAAAACACUAACCCACCAUAAGCCGUAAACUGCUCAAAGGAAUUAAGGGAAAACAGCAUAUAAUAUCUAAAAUAGUGCAUGUAAAGAUUGUAUUGAUUUGUUUUCAACAUCUCUUAAACAUUUUUAUUUCCGCAGAAAAUACUCGUGGGGUAACAAGUUCAAGAAAGAUGGUCACCACAUGGCAAACACAUGGCAAGGAAAAUUCCCAGUUUAUGACACGGGAGAGGAUGGGUAUGCUGGCACAAGUCCUGUCACAGCAUUCCCAUCAAAUAACUAUGGCCUAUAUAAUAUUCUGGGGAAUGUGUGGGAGUGGACUCAGGAUUGGUGGACCAUACGACACUCUUCUCACUUCCAGGAAAACCCAGUAAGUUUAAACUGAUCCAUGCAACGUAAUGGGUAGAUUUCAUAUUAUAUUCAGCAAUUGCAGGUACUGUAGCUGUAGUAAUGCAGUGUAGCACAGUGUUAGUUAGCAACAAUUUUACUUGGAUCAUUGGGUUCUGUCUGUAGUGUUCUUUCUUGAGGGUAUUACGUACUCAUCAUGUGGAAGUUUAAGAUAAUUGUUGGUUCAUACAAUUCAUGUAUUUAUGUAUGUAAAUCACAGCCCAAAGUAGCAUAUUUGUAACAAUAUUACUUAUACCUGUUUAUUACCCUCCAGUAAUAUAUUAAGAACAAGGUAUGCAGAGAAAAAAAGAGCGACAGCUUGCACAGAUAUCUUUGUCACCUUUUUUUAGGAAACAUUAAUUUUGCAAUGAGAAUGGCCAAGAAUAAGAGUGCUAAGCGACUGGGAAUAAGGACUGAAAAUUAAAAAAAAAAAAUUAAGAGAAGUGUCAAGCUGUGGUUAACGAUUGCUUUAUUCAGCUGUAUUAAAAAGAGGCUCGGUUGUCUUGUUUUCAUUUUCAUUAACAAUCCAGGAAUCAAUGAAGCGGAAGAAACUAUCGAGAGCUUUGUUUUUGUUCGCUUGUUUGUUUGUUUUGUAUCAUCGCACAUACAGGUUUUGUCUGUAAUAAAAAACGGAUUAAUGAAGAUGUUUCCAAGGGCUGUUUAACUCAGCAUAGAAGCGUUAAAACAAAGUCAUUACCGCAUGCAUUAUUUAACAGAUUUUUGUUGUAUAGGAAGGGCCUUUGUCGGGAAGGGAUAAAGUGAAGAAAGGUGGAUCUUACAUGUGUCAUAAAGUAAGUUAAUCUUCAAUUUCUAAUAAUUAUGAAGCUAAUCACCGAAAUAUUAUAAUAUUGGGGAGUGGAUGAUUCCAAAACUGAACAAUAAUUUUUAUCCUGCAGACAGUCCUGCAACUAUAUAUUUCACUGAGUGAAAAGUCUUGUAUUAGGAUUAAAGUAGAGGCUUAGCUAAACGAAAAAAAUAUAAAAAAGGUUGAGUUUGAUUUUCUCUCGUAGUUAGUUUUGCUUGCAUAUGUACUAUACAUGUAUUGCCGUCCAAGCCAAUUCUUCUUCGCACCCCGCCCCCUUCCUCGAAAGUUAAAUUCUUGGCCCCUUUUGUGAUGUUCUUGAUUCUUUGCGGCUGAUACCUAAACUGCUAAACUGCAAAAAGAGAAACUAUAGAGAGCUUGAGAGAAUUAAGGCCUGCUCCUCGAACUACGGGCUUUUACAUCGAGUCGAGUCGAACAUAAAAGAUGACGGUCGUAAGUCAAAGAUGGAAAAGAUUUAAGAUCGUUAUUCAGAGAUAUUGAAGAAUAAUACACAGGGGCACCCAACGAGUGUUUCUGUGAAUUAUCUAGCGAGGGGGACAAGCGGGGGGGGGGGGAGGGAGCGCUCCCUCCACAAAAUUAUGGCAAAAAUUGGAAAAACUUGUCCCGAAAAAAUCGAGUUCGCAAUCGUGGCUCGUUUGCCUCAGAGUAAUACGUUUUGGCAAUUCCAAAACAAUCUCAAAGCUGAAUUCAACAUGACUGACUUACUUCAACUUCCCUGAGACUAAGAUUACAAGAUACAACUUAAGGAAUAAAUCUCCCGCAAUGCCCGCCAUUCACACGGACCGUUUUAAGAAUACAUUCUUUAAUAGAAUUGUCUUCAAGUAUAAUGUAGCUUUGUAAAUAGUGUACUUUCUGUAUUCGAUUUUUGUAUUUCUUUCUAUGUAUAUACUAAUCUUAUUUAGAGACAUACUUUAGCCCAUUAACAUUGUUAUAUGUUACAUUUAAAAAUGUAACAUAAGAUAUGUAAUUUUAUCUUUUGAACAAUAAAGACACUUUAUUUAUUUAUUUAUUUAAUGAGAUCAUUCUCUCUUGCUUACUUGUUGUGGACUUCACCUCGAACGAUUUUUUGAACUGUUUUAAUUUUUUAUCGUUUUUCUUUCUUGUUUCAGUCUUACUGCUAUAGAUACCGUUGUGCAGCGAGAAGUCAGAAUUCCGCCGACACCACUGCCUCAAAUCUUGGAUUUCGCUGUGUUAGCAACAAGCUCCCUAAUGGAGUCAGUUUAGUCACAUAGGCGUAGAGAUCUUUGAAAUUUCUAUUUUUCCUAUUAAAUGAUUUCGAUUCUGGAUAAAAUCCAAAGCUAUACAUCAUAAGCUUAUUUCCGACGGUUUCUUUUUUCUUUUGCGUUAACCAUUGUACUACUAGCCUAACAGUGGCUUGAGUAGAAAAUUCACAAAAAAUUCUCCUUGAGAUUAAAUCAUUGUUGAGGCCCCGUUUGUUCAAACGUUGGAUAGCGCUGUCGACCGGAAAAAAUUACUAUCCAGCCGGUAAGUCUUGGGGAAAAUACAUGUAAUUACACUAUCCGCUGGAUAGUGAUUUAUCCGGUGGAUAGCGCUAUCCAUCUUUUAAACAACCGGGGCCAGGACCGUAACAAAGUUCAGAAAGAGAAAGGAAAAUGCUUUAUCAAUAAAGUAAUUGUAUUCUAACGUCCUCUUUAGAGAACGUCGAUAAGAAAAUUUCACGUUGUAAUCGCAGAAUGGCGGUAAAGAAAGUUACCAAAUUGCCAUAGGUUUAUGUGGGUGUUCCACCUUCGAUGAUGAAUUUUACCGCAUGCAGGGGUCCAGGGUCCACCUACUUAAAACUUUACUGAAAAACCUGUUAACGUGGGAGGUAAAACGCGCAACAUAGCUCUUCAACUCGUUUUGCAGCAAAUUGAACGAUUCUGUUGCCCGUUUUACCAUUUCCUUUAGUCAGUACUUCAUACAAUGAUGAGCAACAAGCGACUGAGUACUUUAAGCCAUGAUUAUUAGUGUCGGGUGCUUCUUAUAAACUUGCAACUAUUGCUGCUGCCCCAGUCUAGUUGCCAAGGUUGAAUUGGAAAUCGAAGCCUUAAAUUUACAGUCGAACCCCGCUAUUUCGAAGUCCCGAGGGAAAUAAAAAAAAAGUUCGACAUAGCGGGGCUUCGAAAUAACCGGGGAAGCGUAAAAGGGGAAGGGUAAAUCCAAUGGCAUUCGAUCUUCCUUCGAAAUAGCGGGGACUUCGAAUUAACCGAGUUCGAAAUAGCGAGGUUCGACUGUAUUUACAAAUAAUCAUCACAGACUCAACAACUUUAUGUUUGUUGGAGAAUAAGUUAUGGACAAUUUUAUUCAAUUUUAUUGCGAACACAGAGAACACAGAGAAAUCGAGACAAAGAAGUACAGCAACAACUAACUUAAUAGGACAUAAGUAAUUAAUUAAAUGGAUAAAUAAAUGAAUAAAUAAUUAAUUACACUGUAGAUAUGUAAGCAGAACAGAUAACUAUAUGUCCUGCUACUGGUCAAAGUAGCCCGCCGCAGUGGCUUCUGAAUUGAAUAAAGUAGUUACCUACAAAUAAUCUUUAAAAUUAAUUACAUUUCAUCCGAGAUGUGACAGAAGUACAAAAUGAUUUAGGAUAAUAUAUAAUUUAACAUUUGUUUUGUUUGAAGGCUUCUUCAGGGCACUGGCAAUAUAACGGUGUCUCGUCAAGGUGAUAACGGCUAGUUCACCAUUUAUCUUUGCUGUAAGAAAGGGAAAUUUUCGUUAAUGGAUAGUUUUAGUGU